GUUCCACGCAGGCCGCUACCCGUGACAUUUCGAGAUCAGAUUGCGCGUUGCCUGAACAAUCCUUCUCCUAUUCGUGCAAAAUGGCGCCUCUGCGGUCCGUCUUCCUGCUCACCAGCCUUGCCGCAUCUGUUUCCGCGCUGCGGGAGGAAAUGCGGGAACCCGUUGAGGACGUCGCUUGCUGCGCGAUGUUCAGCGAAGGGGAGGACACCAACGUGGCGUGUGUUGCGCUGGAGAAGCAGAAGCCGUGCCCAAGCUAUGACAAGCUGCCGCUGGAAUUCUCCGCCACCGCCUGGGAGAAGUGCAAUGCGUGGCCCGAGGGCGGCAUCAAGACUUGCAAGGAGCUUUCGGAGUGACGGAGACACAUCGCCGUGUGGCAAAUGUUUCAAUCUUCGCAGUCAAGAAUGGGCGUGUCUUUUUGGAGGGACACGCCCAACAUGGUCGUUUCAUGUUACCCGUCAUAUGGUUAUUCUGGG